CAUUGCUGUGUUGACAACCACUCUCUACUAGAACUGCUUCACGUCUGCAGUGUAUUUCGUGCGAUCUGUUAAUCACCAAAAUCAUAACACAGGACAAUGGCAGGUUGUAGCUGUAACGUACCACUUUGGCCCUUCAUUUUGGCUCAUUUAUGGCUGUCAGUAUGGGGAUUUCAGGCUGCCCUGGGCGGACAGUGGAUAACCCAUUCAUACGCUUGGAUGAAUUUCAGCAUCGUUGCGUUGGGGUGCUGGACAGUUGGCCAGGAGAAGAUGAAGGAAAACUGUUUAAUGCUCGUGAUUUCUCUUAUCAUUGGCUUUAUCUUUGACAUCGUAUUCAUCGCAGUCUACAAUAACAACAACUACUGGAACUGUGGGAAAUCUGGUUAUGUUGCCUGUGGUAAUUCGCGUAGUGAGUACAUCUGGAGUUAUGUCAUGGCCAUAAUUAACUGCAUCUUGAAGAUCGUCACCCUUAUCUUCGCUAUAUGUGAAUACAAGAAACGUGGAGGCAAAACACCCAACGUCAAGGCAUCCGUAUCCGUGUCUUAAGUCUACUGUGAGAUCUGUCAUUUGAAGAACCACACAAUGGUCUCAAUUUGGGACUUUUGAGUUACUUAGGACUCAAUCAAUACAGAUUUAUGCAUAAAGAUGUCUACAAAACACAAAAAAAGCAGACAGGUUGAAAUCAAAUCAUUUUUGACAUAGCAGAUACCAAUGUUAGCGUAUGCAUUUAUGUUAUAUCCGGUAUAACCAUAUUUGAAAAACGGGCGGACUUUAAUAAAACCAAAUAUAGAAACACCACCGAAUACCGGCGAUGGUAUUGUUUCAAUUGUAUAUAGAUCCUAGCUAAGAAAAUCAACACAUAGAAUAAAUUGAAUUCAUCGAGGGCUUCGUGUAUAUAGUUAUUUUAAUUAUUUUUAUAUAAUUCUUAUUAUAAUUUACAAAUGAUGUUUAUUUCGACACUGUAACAUUGCAAUGUAUAAUUUAUAACAAAAUGCUUCAUUUCUAGCAACCGUUUUCGCAUUGUGUAAUUUCGACUUUUAUAUGAAAAUGUCGAUGCCAUUUCGAAAACAGUUUGUAUUGCGCAAGCUUUAACAUCAUGCUUUGAAUUUUGAAAACAAAUAACCAUGUAUAACUUACAAUGUUCAUGUUGUUAUAUAAGCCUGGGAAAUGUUAUUAAAUUGUGAUGCAACUAAAAUAAAAAUGUUUUGCACACCA